AUGCAAAUCAAUUCUGUUAAACCAGACUUCGUAACAUUUACUACAUUAGUUAGUUUAUGCGCAAAGAAUCAGCUCUAUAGCGAAGGAGUAACAUUACAUACAAUUAUCAAAAGCCUUGGUAUGGAAAAUAUAGAAUUGUCAAACACAUUAAUGAAUUUUUACACAAAAUGUGGUAAACCUGAUGUUGCCCUUCAACUAUUUGAACAGCUCAAAAUUGGCAAAAUGAAAUUGAAUGUAGCUUCUUGGUCAUGUGCAAUUCAGGCCCUUGGAGAGAAAAAAGAUAUCAGAGGAGCAAUUGGUUUAUUGGAGGAAAUGCAAGCCAAUAAUAUCAAAGCAGAUUCUAUUUUAUUUACCAUAUUAUUAUCUCUAUGUGCAGACAAUCAACUUUAUGAAGAAGGAGUGAAAUUACAUGAAAUAAUCAAAGUAUUGAAAAUUUCUAGUUUGGAAUUGUCACACACAUUAAUGAAUUUUUACACAAAAUGUGGCCACACUAACGUUGCGCUUCAGCUAUUUGAGGACUUGAAAAAAGAAAAUAAUACCAAUGCUAUUUCUUGGAACAGUGCUAUUCAAGCCUUAGUGCUAGCUAAAGACACCCAGAAAGCAAUAGACCUUCUUGCAGAAAUGCAAUUGCUCAAUGUUAAACCAGAUACUAUUACGUUCACUAUAUUAAUUGGUCUGUGUGCAGAAAAUCAAUAUUACAAAGAAGGAGUGAAAUUACAUGAAAUGAUCAAAGUAUUGAACAUUUCAAGUUUAGAAUUGAGUAAUUCAUUAAUGAAUUUUUACACAAAAUGUGGUCAACCUGAUGUUGCACUUCAACUAUUUGAACAGCUUAAAAUUGACAAGAUGAAAAUGAAUGUAGUUUCUUGGUCAUGUGCAAUUCAGGCCCUUGGAGAGAAAAAAGACAUCAGAGGAGCAAUUGGUUUAUUGGAAGAAAUGCAAGCCAAUAAUAUCAAAGCAGAUACUAUUUUAUUUACUAUUUUACUAACUUUAUGUGCAGACAAUCAACUUUAUGAAGAAGGAGUGAAAUUACAUGAAAUAAUCAAAGUAUUGAAAAUUUCAAGUUUGGAAUUGUCAAAUACAUUAAUGAAUUUUUACACAAAAUGUGGACAAACCAGUAUAUCACUUGAAAUAUUUGAAGAACUUAAAAAAGAAAACAAGACAAAUGUUGUAUCAUGGAAUAGUGCAAUCCAAGCUCUGCGAUCUAGGAAAGAUAUUACAAGAGCCUUUGAAUUGCUAGAGGAAAUGAAAAAACUCAACAUUGAACCAGAUGAAAUAACAUAUGUUAGCCUUCUUACUCUAUGUGCAGACAGUGUUGCCAUUAAGCAGGGAGAGGAGGUGGUGCAGCAGUUCAAAACAAAACAUAUAGCAAAAAGUGUCUUUUGGAUUGGUGCAACUAUAAGCUUUCAUGCAAAAGUUGGAAGAUUGGAAAGAGCAGAAUCAGUAUUCAAUGAAUAUUUAUCUAACAACCCACCAUUUGAUCCAAUCUUGACAAGUGUUAUGAUAGAUGCUUAUGCCAAACAUGGAAAAGGAAAAGAGGCUGUUUAUUUGUAUCAACAAAUAAUUGAUAGAAACCAACUCCCAAGUGCAGAGGCUGUUACAAGUGUUUUAACCGCUUGUAGUCAUGCAGGGUUAGUUGAUGAGGCAAGAAGAAUUUACAAGUCAAUUGAAAAUACACAAGUAUGUACACCAAGUCACAAAGCUUGUAUGGUAGAUGUUUUGGCCAGAAGUGGAUAUUUGGAGGAGGCUGAACAAUUUAUUGGUUCAUCAAGAGAUGUAGUUAGUUGGGUAACACUACUGGGAGCAUGCAGAAUUCAUACGAAUGUUGAAAUAGCUGAAAGAACGUUUGAUAUUCUCUUAGAAAUAGACAAUGAACAAGCUUCCCACUAUGUACAAAUGUCACAUAUUUACAAUCAAAUGGGACAAAUUGACAAGGCAAACGAAGUAAGGGAAUUAAUGAAACGUAAUAAUGCAACGAAAAUUCCUGGAAUUACCACUAUUGAGGUUGAUGGUGAGACCCAUAAUUUUGUGUCAGAUGAUUCAUACCACCCUAGAAUGCAAGAAAUUAACCAAGAGUUAGAAAAGCUGAAUAAGGAAAUGUUAGAUGCUGGUUAUGCUCCAGAUACUAGAUGGGUAACAAGGUUAGAUGUUGAUCCAAAUGAUGAAAAAAAGAAGAAAGAAUUAUUAUGUAGACACUCCGAAAGAAUAGCAAUGGCAUUUGCUUUUAUUUCAUUACCAAAAGAUGAACCAAUUGUGAUGAGAAAGAAUUUGAGAGUGUGUGGCGAUUGCCAUACAGCUACCAAAUUCAUUUCCAAAAUAAGAAAAAGGGAAAUAAUUGUGAGAGAUGCCAGUAGGCAUCAUCAUUUUAAAGAUGGCAAAUGCUCAUGUGGUGACUUCUUCUAA